CGUCUGUGAUUUGCGAAUUUCCUACUGUAUGACUGCAAACUAGGUAAAACAUUGGUGAAUAAUUUAGAAAAGGACCUGUCAGAACACAAUAACAAUGCCUAAACCGAGCAAAGGAAAAGACGAGCUAGAAAUAAGAAGAAGAGAUCAGUUAUAUCGCUUGAUUAUCAGUCAGUUAUUUUAUGAUGGUUUUAAAGACGCAGCAUUUAAACUGUGUGAGAUAUUUAAACCACAUCCAACAUGUCCACCAUCAGAUAGAUUAUUACAAAUAACACAGUUAUCUUUACAGUUAGAGGAAGAAAGAAAUGAAAAAGCAAAUAAAACUGCUGUAGCCCCAAUCUCUGGUAUAGAUCUAGAAUUUGAAACUGAAGUACAGUCAAUAUCAGCUGAAGCUGCCCUAUAUGAAACAUGUUAUGUUACUGCACACAAAGCUGCCUGUAGAGCUGCUACAUUUCAUCAUUCUGGUCAGUUGAUAGCUACAGGUUCAGAAGAUGCUUCUAUAAAGAUAUUAGAUGUAGAGAGAAUGCUUGCAAAAAGUGCCACACCACCAGAACUGAUUGCCAUGGAAACACCACAACAACAAAUGGAAAACCAUCCUGUUAUAAGAACGCUAUAUGAUCACAAUGAUGAAAUUAGCUGUUUAGAUUUUCACCCAACUGAGCAAAUUUUAGCCUCUGGUAGUAAAGAUUAUACAGUCAAAUUAUUUGAGUAUUCCAAACCCUCUGUUAAAAAAGCCUAUAAAAGUAUACAGGAAGUACAGCCUAUAAGAUGUUUAUCAUUUCAUCCAUCUGGAGAUUUUCUACUAGUUGGUGUCAAUCAUCCUACAUUAAGAUUAUAUGAUGUUAAUACAUUUCAAAGUUACGUAGCCAAUGAUCCAAUAUAUCAACAUUCAGCUCCUGUCACAGAUGUAAAAUGGGCUCCAAAUGGUAAAAUGUUUGUAACCUGUGGUAAAGAUGGUGAUAUCAAACUUUAUGAUGGAGUCAGCUUAAAAUGUUUUAAUACUUUUAAAAAUGCUCAUGAUUCUAAAGAAGUCACAUCUGUUGUUUUUUCAAAGAAUUCUAAGUAUGUACUAUCUAGUGGUAAAGAUUCACUAGUUAAAUUAUGGGAACUGUCAACCAAUAGAUGUUUAAUAGUAUACACUGGUGCUGGAGCUACUGGUAGAAUGGACCAUCGUACUAGAGCUACUUUUAAUCAUACUGAAGAUUAUGUUUUAUUUCCUGAUGAGAAGACCACAAGUUUAUGUUGUUGGGAUUCAAGAAAUGCUGAACGUCAAAGAUUGCUAGGCUUAGGUCAUAAUGGCGUAGUACGAAGUAUAGUUCACUCACCAACAGGCCCAGCCUUUAUGUCAUGUAGUGAUGACUGUAGAGCUAGAUUCUGGUACAGAAAAGCUACAGCGGACUGAAAACUUGUCUCAAUUUUAAUCCAUGAACUAUCCGAUUCUAAAUUUAUCAGGAUUUUGAUAAAUUGUGGUGAAGUUAUUUUUUAGUUGGCAACCUUUAUGUGAUGAAGAUACAUGCAUUUAUUAUGAAUAUGUAUUUUUUAUGUGUACAUGUCCAUUUGUAUAUGCCAAUAAUUAACUUGGAUAAAUAAAGAUGCAAUGUCAAUU